AGCGAAUAGCCGGGGAGGUUUGUGACACAUGUGUCUGUCUGAGCCGGUGGUGUAAUGGCCGAACACGGUGGAACUCCUGCUCCGGCUGAUGAAGAAGAAGAACAAGUGUGGAGCUGGGGAGCAGGAACGGACGGGCAACUAGGGACUUCCAAGCUGCAAGACGAGCAUCUCCCGCAGCUUCUCUCGCUGACGUCACUUCCUUCCGUAUCGAUGCUCGCAUGUGGCGGCGCUCACGUCAUCGCCUUGACUUCUGGAGGUAAGGUGUUGACAUGGGGAAGGGGAAACUCUGGUCAAUUAGGACAUGGGGACAUCCUAGAUUCUUCGUUACCUAAACCAGUAUCUUUCUUGGACGACUAUGUUGUGACUCAAGCCUCGGCUGGAUGGAGCCACUCUGCUUUUGUUUCAGAUUCCGGUUGUCUAUUUACAUGUGGUAAUGGCUCAUUUGGUCAGCUUGGUCAUGGUGAUAACACCUCACUUUCUACUCCAGCUAAAGUCUCUUAUUUUGUUGAUAAGUGUGUUAAGAUGGUAGCUUGUGGUAUGCGCCACUCACUUGUCUUGUCCGCAGGGAAUCAAGUUUGUGGAUUCGGAUCUGGGAAGCGUGGACAGCUUGGUGUCUCAUCAGAAAGAACAAAGUCACUAGUAAAUCUUCCAUGUGUUGUCUCUGGAUUAGAAGAUGUUGAGGUUGUUUGUAUAGCAGCCAAUGGAGAUCAUAGUGCAGCUAUAUCCGCUAGUGGGCAGAUGUUCAGUUGGGGAAGAGGAUUCUGCGGCAGUUCUGAUGUUCAAACCCCUCAGUGUUUGCAGUCAUCUCUUUCUUUCAGAGAACUUGCUUUAGGAUGGAAUCAUGCUUUAUUACUAACAGUCGAUGGUGAAGUUUUCAAGCUUGGUAAUACCCUUAAUAAACAAUCCGAGAAGCAAUCACUGCAAGUAGAUUCCUCUGAACCUCUCUUGGAGAAAGUUUCCGGAUUUGAUGGAGUUAAAGUUCUGCAAAUUGCAGCAGGAGCAGAGCAUUCUGCUGCUGUAACAGAGAGUGGAGAGGUUCAGACAUGGGGAUGGGGUGAACAUGGUCAGCUAGGUCUUGGAAACACCAAUGAUCAGAACAAUCCUCAACUCGUUAGCCUAGGGAGUAUAGACCAGCGGACGAAAGAUACCAAAGUAUAUUGCGGUAGUGGUUUUACCUAUGUUGUAAGGCGGUACAACAUUCAUCAUAGAAAUGGAUGUAUUAUAUCUAAUGUGUAA